AUGGGAGGAGCUGUGGUGGACGAGGGUCCCACGGGCAUCAAGGCCCCUGAUGGGGGCUGGGGCUGGGCUGUCCUCUUUGGCUGUUUCAUUAUCACGGGUUUCUCCUACGCCUUUCCCAAAGCGGUCAGCGUUUUUUUCAAGGAGCUCAUGCAUGAGUUUGGGAUUGGCUACAGUGACACGGCCUGGAUCUCCUCCAUCCUGCUGGCCAUGCUCUAUGGCACAGGCCCGCUCUGCAGCGUGUGUGUGAACCGCUUUGGAUGCCGGCCUGUCAUGCUUGUGGGUGGCCUCUUUGCCUCCCUGGGAAUGGUGGCAGCAUCCUUCUGCAGAAGCAUUAUCCAGAUCUACCUCACCACGGGAGUCAUCACUGGCUUGGGUCUGGCUCUCAACUUCCAGCCCUCCCUCAUCAUGCUCAACCGAUACUUCAACAAAAGGCGCCCUAUAGCCAACGGGCUGGCAGCAGCAGGCAGUCCAGUGUUCCUUUGUGCACUGUCCCCAUUGGGGCAGCUGUUGCAGGACCACUAUGGCUGGCGGGGUGGCUUCCUCAUCCUGGGGGGCCUGCUGCUCAACUGCUGUGUGUGUGCUGCGCUCAUGAGGCCACUGGUGUCACCCCAGGCGAGUGGAGGGAGCGGGGCCCAAGCACCCCAGCGGCCGUCAAAGCACCUUUUGGACUUGAGUGUCUUCCGAGACCGUGGCUUCCUCAUCUAUGCAGUGGCUGCCUCCAUCAUGGUGCUGGGGCUCUUUGUGCCUCCAGUGUUUGUGGUGAGCUACGCUAAGGACCUGGGUGUGCCUGACACAAAGGCUGCCUUCCUUCUCACCAUCCUGGGCUUCAUUGACAUCUUUGCCAGGCCCACAGCUGGUUUCAUAACAGGACUCAAGAAGGUUCGGCCCUACUCUGUCUACCUCUUCAGCUUUGCCAUGUUCUUCAAUGGCUUCACCGACCUGACAGGCUCCACAGCCACGGACUAUGGUGGCCUGGUCGUCUUUUGCAUCUUCUUUGGCAUCUCAUAUGGCAUGGUGGGGGCUCUGCAGUUUGAGGUGCUCAUGGCUAUCGUGGGCACUCAGAAGUUCUCCAGUGCCAUCGGUCUCGUGUUGCUGUUGGAAGCUGUGGCUGUGCUCAUUGGGCCCCCAUCAGGAGGCAAGCUUCUGGAUGCAACCAAAGUUUACAAGUAUGUGUUCAUCCUGGCGGGGGCCGAGGUGCUCACCUCCUCCCUUGUGCUGCUGCUGGGCAACUUCUUCUGCAUCAAGAAGAAGCCUGAGGUGACACAGCCUGAGGAGGUGGCUUCAGAAGAGGAGAAGCUCCACAAGCCCCCUGUGGGUGUGAGGGUGGACUCGAGGGAGGUGGAGCACUUCCUGAAGGAACAGCCUGAGAAAAAUGGGGAGGUGGUUCACACCCCAGAAACCAGCGUGUGAGCAGCCUCGCCGGGCGGGCAGGG